GUCAACGAUUUCAUGUUUGAACAACAAAGAAGGACGUUUUCCACUUUCGCACGAGAUGCUCACUAUAUUUUAAUAGGGUAUGCGUUAGACCAUCUGUGGACAGCAGUCAAGUCUCAUCGAGCAGCUACAUAGGAGCAGUGGAGGAAGCAGAGAAAAAGAAAGGGAUGACCGUGUUUGAGUCGGGCCUAAAGAAGGAGAAGAGGAAGCGUGUGAAAGGGGGAGACGCAUCAGAGAUCGACAGCUUCUUGGGGCCCUGGGCCAAGUAUCAGGAUGAGAAGGACGUGGCCAAACCUUCAGAAGAGGAGCAGAAGGAGCUGGACGAAAUCACGGCAAAGAGGCAGAAAAGAGGCAAGAAUGAGGAAGAGGCCUUUGCUGAGGAGAAAACCAUUCUACACGUCAAAGACGCGUAUGACUACCAGGGCCGCUCUUACCUGCACGUCCCGCAGGACAUGGGCAUUAACCUACGCUUGGCGGAAAUACCCGACAAAUGUUACCUGCCCAAGAAGCAGCUGCACGUCUGGACCGGGCACACCAAGGGUGUCAGCGCCAUUCAGUUGUUUCCUGGGUCUGGCCACCUGCUUCUCUCCUGCUCUAUGGACUGUAAGAUCAAGCUUUGGGAAGUCUACAGUGACAGGAGGUGCUUACGGACAUUUAUUGGUCACAGUAAGGCAGUGCGCGACAUCUGCUUCAACAACGCUGGAACUCAAUUCCUCAGCGCCGGUUACGAUCGCUACCUCAAGCUGUGGGACUCUGAGACAGGUCAGUGCAUCUCCAGGUUCACUAACAGGAAAGUCCCCUACUGUGUAAAGUUUAACCCAGACGAGGACAAACAAAGCCUGUUUGUUGCCGGAAUGUCGGACAAGAAGAUUGUGCAGUGGGACAUCCGCUCUGGGGAGGUGGUGCAGGAGUAUGACCGCCACCUGGGAGCCGUCAACACCAUCACGUUUGUGGACGAGAACCGCCGCUUCGUCAGCACCUCCGAUGACAAGAGCUUGCGCGUGUGGGAGUGGGACAUUCCAGUGGAUUUCAAGUACAUUGUGGAGCCCAGUAUGCAUUCGAUGCAUAUCAGCACUUCAGUUCAGCGUGAGGUUCCUCUGAAGAAAGAGGCGUGGUUUUGCGUAGACACUGUAGCUGUGCUAGAGACUGAAAUGUGCAUGCUCAAGCACUCUCAGCAGGCUAAACCAAUAGCACACCACGUUUGGCUCGUCCCCGCCCACCUCGAACCCCGCCCAAUGCAGGUGGACCUCAAGAAGCAGGAGGCCUACAGAAUGCAAAACUCCUUCCAGGACCAGAUUCUCUAG